AUGUUUAAAACUAUAUUAAGGCCAGUUGGGGUUCAAUUGGUCAAACAACAACAACAACCAGUCCAUUCACUUACCUUAGGUUUUAAAAAUUUCACCACCACCAGCACCAACUUAGCAAAGGCAAAAGUAUCACCAGAAUUAAAAAAAUUAAAAAAACAAUUAGAUCAAGCUAAAACACGUCAUAAAAAAACAGAAUCAAAAUUAAAAGAACAUGAAUCAAAAGUUAAAAAAUUAAUUAAAGAAAGAACUAAAACAGCUAAACAAUCAGAAAAAGAUAAAACUAUUAAGGAAAAAGAAUUGGAAAAACAAAAAAAAUUAAUUAAACAAGCAUUAAGAGAUCCAAGAACUUAUACAGUUUUCAAUUUUUAUUCAAAAAUCACUAAAACUCCAAUUUCAACAUUAAGAACAACUUUUGAUAAUUUACCAUCAUAUGAACAAGAUCAAUGGUUAGAAGCAACUAAAGAAUUUAAUCAAUUAUUAAAAAAACAAGUUACUCCAAAACCAAAAUUUGGUCCAACUUCAAAAUAUCAAAAAUAUGUUAGUGAAAAUUAUCCAACUGGAGAAUCAUCAAAUGAAGCAAUGAAAAUUUUAGCUUCAAAAUGGAAAAAUUUAACUACUGAAGAAAAAAAUUCAUAUGAUGUAUCUGAAGAUGAAAAAUUAAGAAUUAAAAAAUUACAACAAGAAUGGCAAGAUAAAAGAUUAAAAGAAUAUCCUGAAUUAGUUAAAUUUAAAGAAAAUUAUACUUUUCAAAUUAAAGAAUAA